AUGACCGCUCUCACUAAGCAGUUCUGUUUGCUCAUGCCUCCUUUGUGGAUGCAGAUAAAGAUAAUGUCUGAUAAGCGCACACGGACUAAGGCUGGAAAGGAAUGGAUGGUAUUAGCACGAUUGCCGGCUAUUGCGGUUAUCCCCGUUGGACCACUGCCAGUUGUGGAAGUGAAUCCGCAGGCUGUAGAAGUAGAUGAAAGGAUUACUGGUCCGGGGAUCCUAUCUUACCUAAAGGUGAUGGACUACAUGCAGAAGUUGGGGACAAAGUUCUUUCUGGGAAGAACUAAGCCGAUCGAAGUUGAUGAUUGGAUCGACCUUUUGGAGAGGAAUUUCGAGUCGAUCCGCUGCCCCGAGCAGUACAAAAAAGAUAUUAUCAUGCACUAUCUUGAGGAGACCGAGUAUGUACCUGGGCUGAUUUUCGUGGGAUGUUUAAGGCCAAGUAAUUCGUGUGUUCCUGAAUCUGCGCCAAGAAUCAAGGUGCGGGAAUAUGAGGCAGAGUUCAACAAGCUGAAGAAGUUUGCCAGCUGGGAUAUGGGAAUCCAGAGUAAGCAGAUCAAAUGGUUUAUUCGUGGGUUAAGGAUCGAUCUCCGCAAGCACUGUGAGAUGCAGGAGUUUAAGAAUUUUCCAGAGCUUGUGGAAAAGGCAGCUCAGCAAGAAGCGACUUCUGCGGAAGAAGCUAAGUUACUCGGCAAACUACCCGCGGGUCGCAACGCUGGUUUGACUAGUGGAAAGAAAAAAUGUGCGAGCUGGUGCGCAUCUGGUGCUUGUCUCCAAUGCGGAAGCAUAGAGCACAAGGUGAAGGAUUAUCUAGAAGAGGACAAGCGCGAAAAGAACAUAGGGAACGGAUCUGAUGAGAGGGUUUGUUUCCAUUGCGGAGAGGUUGGGCACAUUAAGCCGAGAUGUCCAGAACUGAUGCAAGUGGCACAGCACACUGGGAAGAGGCCGAGUGAAAGACCGCUGUCUCCAGCAAAGAGACAGGCCGUGAUACCGCGGAUCUAUGUUAUGGCUGAGGAGACCGCGGAGGAUCCGAAUUCGUCUUGUCCGAUUACUGGUGAUUGUAUAGGGACCUUGGUCAUGGAUUGUGUGACAACUCAUGUUUUGUUUGAUUCCGGAGCAGCUCAUUUCUUCGUGAAUCCAAACCUGGUCAGCAAAGGUGGAUUUUGCAGGAUACCGGGAGAUAACUAUGGCUUGGUCCAGGCGGCUGGUGGACAGGUCAUGUUUACCCUCGGUAAGGUCAAGGAUGUGUUGGUAAUGGUUGGCAGCGUGAAUAUGCAAGCGGAUCUGAAAAUCUGCCAGGUGAAGUUUUAUUACGUGAUCCUUGGUAUGGAUUGGCUCAGGAAGUAUAAGACACAUCUGGAUUGUCGCCGUGGCCGGAUUCGGUUUGAGACUACGGAAGAGAUUUUGGAGUAUCAGGAUAUCAGACCGAACAAUGGAAGCUUGAUUUUUUCGGCAAUGCAGACUGACCGGAUGAUUGAGAAGGGGUGUGAGGCGUACCUGGCUACAAUCACGACCACCAAGGUAGGACCGGAUGCGGAGCUGGGCAGUAUUCCGGUUGUAAGCGAGUUUGAGGAUGUGUUUAAGGUGCUAAUGGAUUUACUGCCUGCACCGUCAGACUCGUUUACCAUCGAGCUCGAGCCUGGAACAACGCCAAUAUCCAAGGCACCGUAUCGGAUGGCUCCGGCUGAGAUGGCCGAACUGAAGAAACAGUUAAAAGAUCUGAUGAAAAAAGGGGUUACUCUGAAGAACAAGUACUCAUUGCCACGGAUAGACGAGCUGUUGGACAAACUUCGAGGGGCGACUUGGUUCAGCAAGAUCUAUUUGGCUUCGGGUUAUCAUCAGAUACCCAUAGAAGAGUCGGAUGUAAGGAAGACCGCCUUUAGGACAAGGUAUGGUCACUUCGUGUUCAUAGUCAUAUCUUUCGGGCUGACUAAUGCUCCUGCCGCCUUUAUGAAGCUGAUGAACAACGUGUUCCGAAACUGCCUGGAUGAAUUUGUAAUCAUCUUUAUCGAUGAUAUACUUGUUUACUCCAAGAGUCGGGAAGAGCAUGCGGUUCAUGUAGGGACCGUGAUGAAUCGGCUAAGGGAGCAUAAGCUGUUUGUCAAGCUCAGUAAGUGCAGCUUUUGGCAAAGAGAGAUCGGAUUCUUGGAUCAUGUGGUCUUGGACAAGGGAGUGUUUGUUGACCCGGAGAAGAUAAAGUCAAUUGCGGAUUGGCCUAGACCUGAGAAUGCCUUGGAGAUAAGAAUUUUUUUGUAUUACCAUCGGAUCCUGAAGGGAUUUACAAGCAUGGCGCAGCCAAUGACCCGGCUAACGGGUAAGGACAUACCAUUUGUGUGGUCGGCCGAGUGUGAGAUGUUAUUUGCCAAGCUUAAAGAAAUUUUGACUAGUACGCAGUUCUGGCUUUGCCUGAGCCGGAUCAGCCGUAUGUAG